CAUGCAUGUGUGUCAGAGCCAAUCGGACGCCAUGGAGCGGCACUCCUGCACGUCACUCAUUGGAGCUACCCCACAAACCUCGGAACUUCCCCAGACAGCGCUUAGUCGAUGACCUCCGCUCCUCCGCCGAACCUCACUCCAUUCUCUUUCUCUUCCUUUGCUUCCCUGCUGCUACAUCCUCUUCUCCUCGGUCUUAUCUGUCAGUAAAGCACAGCCACUGCCGCAAUCUACCAAAUCAGAUACAAUUUGAACUUUACUUUUGAGCACAUACUCGUCCUCAUCGGAACACCACACACGCUGCUAACCUACGUCACUCUACUAUGGGUCUCUUCAUACCCUUCGUACUCGCGCUCGCGGUGUUCUGGCUCGUCAUUGGUACCCUGCUCGCAAAAUUCCUCGCUCAGAAGUAUAAGGGCAAGCCGUGGAAUAACCGGACGGUCGAUUCGCAGUAUAUAUAUGGCAACGCGCUGCAGAAUGAUAGGAGUGGGCAGAUGCAUGGCGGCCGAUACGGGAUGGGUGGAAGCGUAGGGGAAUUUAAUCGAAGGUACGGGAGGGAAGAUAUUGGGAUGGGGCAGUAUGGGCAGGGACGGAUGAAGGGGAUGUGAUGAGCGAGCAUUUUGAGUAACCAGAGAAGUUUCGCAACUGUAGUGGAAAGCGAUUCAUGAUGAUGAGGGGCUUCCGCCUGUCCGAUCAUAUCUCGAAAUGGUAAAUCGAU